AUGCGGCCUCCAUCUCCGAGACGGCAAUAUGGCCUCGGCGGGCUAGUCCUUUCGUGCUUGGUUCUUCUCUGCAUCGCUGUUGGACCAGCUUUGCCGUCAUCAUCGACUCCGCCCGCCUGGUGGCUGAAGGGUCGGCCUAGGAAAGUUUUCGGAAGUAGGGCGGAGGUCGAGCUCCUCUCGCAGCUGGCGGUGUUGCUCAUGCCGGAUGUACCUAUUGGUGAGGUGUUUCGCGAUUUCCCAUACGAGCCAUCCGAGGAGUGGGGUUCAAGCAGACUGUGCCCCGAUUUCGCAGCAUAUGGUGUGCUGAAAGCAACUGACGCUGCACUUUUCAUCGAGUACGACGGCUAUUAUCGUCACAUGGAGCCCCGAGGUUUGGCAGGGGACAUUCGCAAGACAAACGCUCUGCUGCAGUUCGCUCCGGUGGGAUCUGUGGUCGUCCGCAUCGGGCACAAGGAGCGGACAUGGAAGGACACGUUCAUGCAAGUGCGGGUCGAUUGCUGGCAUCUCGAUCAUGCGCCGUCACUCCACAGCACUUUAAAGCAACUCCUGGCUUCUUUGCUGCAGUGUUGUGGCAAUCAGAUGGAGUGCAGGCUUGCAUCGCGCCUGCACGCCUUUCCACCGCAAAUCGAUGGGGGUGCCACAACCUUCGCCCUGGAAGCGGAGGUGGCGGGCAUGUCAAACAAGAGCGGCCUGGAGGUUCAAGAGUUUCUUCGCGAUGAAAUUCAGAUGACCACAGCACAGAUUGCCAAAGCAAUCGCAAGAUUUCCGAAGCUGCCCGACUACAGCAUUGAUGCAAAUCUCAAGCCAACAGUUGAGUGGAUCAAGGGCUUGGGCCUGAGCCAGUCGCAGGUUGCCAAGGUGAUUCUCGUACAUCCGCAGGUGCUUGGCUUGAGCAUUGAGGCAAAUCUGAAGCCAACAGUUGAGUGGAUCAAGGGGUUGGGCCUGAGCCAGUGUCAGGUUGCCAAGGUGAUUCUCGUGUAUCCGCAGGUCCUUGGCUUGAGCAUUGAGGCAAAUCUGAAGCCAACAGUUGAGUGGAUCAAGGGGGUGGGCCUGAGCCAGUCGCAGGUUGCCAAGGUGAUUCUCGUGUAUCCGCAAGUGCUUGGCAUGAGCACUGAGGCAAAUCUGAAGCCAACAGUUGAGUGGAUCAAGGGGGUGGGCCUGAGCCAGUCGCAGGUUGCCAAGGUGAUUCUCGUACGUCCGCAAGUGCUUGGCUUGAGCAUUGAGGCAAAUCUGAAGCCAACAGUUGAGUGGAUCAAGGGCUUGGGUCUGAGUCAGCCACAGCUUUCCAAAUUGAUCUCCUUACAUCCCCAGCUGCUUGGCUACAGCAUUGAGGCAAACCUGAAGCCAACAGUCGAAUGGAUCAAGGGCUUGGGUCUGAGCAAGUCGCAGGUUGCCAAAGUGAUCGCAACAUUUCCCCAGGUGCUUGGCCUGAGCACUGAUGCAAAUCUGAAUCCGAAAGUCAAGUGGAUCAAGGGGUUAGGCUUGAGCCAGUCACAGAUUGCCUCGGUGAUCGCUUCAUUCCCCCAGGUACUUGGUUUGAGCAUAGAGGCGAAUUUAAAACUAAAACAUAAUUUACUUCAUUGUUUCUUCCUCGGAGCAGAUGUGGUGAAGUUGCUGGCGCGAGCACCUCGACUCUGGAGCUAUCGCUUGGCUCGGCUAGAACAUCGCUUGCAGGUGCUCAAGUCUCGAGGUCAGCUUUCUAGGCUUGUCAGCGCGAUGUCUUUGAACCUGGACGACUUCAACCGCAAAUUUCCAAACCCGCGGCUUCAGACAGACCACCAACUGCUUGAAAACAAGUCCUGGAUGUCACCAUGCACCAGACCUGUUUGUACUGUGACGCGUGCCAUCUGCAUGCUGUCACAAGACCUGUGGGACCCAU